AUGCUCGCAUAUUUUGGUAUAAAUAAGAUUCAAAUUGAGAGCACCUUGAAGGUGAAUAAUAUGUAUCCCAGAAUUCGCAACCAUAUGAUUAAUUAUGCAAACAUGCCAUUGGAUGCUGUUCCUAAUUUGAGAGGUGAGUCAUUGAGCGAUAUUCCUAAUACUUUGCUGGAAUUGGGAAUCAGGCUAGGUGACCCAGUAUGA